AUGGCGACUCGUGCGCCACAAACUCCAUCUGUCAUAUCACUUAUGGAUGUGCCAGCAAUAUUGCUGCCCACGAUGAUUGGUGAAGUGGGGUAUGAUACCAACAAGGUUGAGGAAGUAGCGAGCAGGAAUACCAGCAACAAAAACGAUCCGUUGGUGUCUAAAUCUGGUGACCCUUGGAGAUCAUCAGUGAAGGAUAUUCCGCUGGAACGACGAAGACGUGCCAAUAAGUCGUGCCAACGACGAGACAAGCCUCAUAAAAGCUCCCAAAUUUUGUGCAUGGAGACGCUUUAUCGAACGGUCAGCACAAGUGCGUGUGUUUCGACUACAGGCAAAGGAUGA